CCAACCCAUCGUUGUCCAGCACUCAGGUAGUCGCUUCCUCUGCAUCCCCACACCAAUCCGGUAUUGGUUUCUCUUCCAACUAUUGUCAUGGCUCCCGAAGUCAAGUUCACUGCUUGGGGCAUCCCGUAUCUAGUGGAGUUCAAGAACGUCUCGUUCCGCGCGCGGGCGCGCUCCCACCCCCCGCCGCGCACCCCGCCCAUCGACCGCGACUCCCGCUGCUUCUCCUACAUCCUCGUCGACCACGCGCCCAGCUUCGACGACACCGCCUCCAUCGCGAGCAUCGCGACCGCCUCGUCGCAGACGCUCGCCUACCCCGGCGAGGACACCGGCGAGGGCGAGGGCCUCUUCAUCCAGUUCGCGACGCAGCGCCGCGGGAUGCGCCAGAAGCUCUCGAACACGCGGCUCUGGUGCCUGAAGCAGCGCAUCGCGAAGGCGGUGUUGGCUGCCGGCAUGGAGGGCUCGCCGGAGAUGGAGAAGGCGAACCCGAUGGACGUGCCGACGCUGUCGAGGUUGUCGUUUGGGAGCAUCCGCUCGGACGUCUCGGUGCCCGUCCCUGAGGGCGCGCCUGGCUCCUUGUUCAGGGGCACGUAUGGCCAGGUGAUGACGGCGCUGCAGGCGGCGGGACUCGUCACGACUCCGUGUAAGGAGAGUGGCUUCGACGAAGCUACCCGUUUGGGCGCGCUAUUCGUGGCUAACCGCAAGGAGGACAGCAAGGUCGAGUUCACUAAGCUCACUCUGUGGGCAUAGGCGUACCACCGAACAGCAAGAGCAUAUUUAUGCUUAACUUCUAUUGAAGACACGUACAGCCCUCCGGUGGCUGUUAUUUACCUCCAAGGCCAUGGUUCGCGGCCAAGACCACGACCAGUGACAGCCCGGUG